CUUGAUGAAUAAAAAUGAUAAAGAUGAUUGGAGAAUAUAAAUAGAGUAAUAGUAUAGAGAUGAAUCAAUAUAUGGAAGAGUCACUUUAAAUUUUGAAUUUAAUUAAAACUUUGAAUUAGAAUACAAUUAGGAAUAAUGCCGAAUAGAAAAUCAUUAUUUACAAGAUGGAGAAAUUUAACUUUUUAUUCGACCAAUUGAUCUAAAUAUUGAUUAUUAUUAUAAAAAUGAAAAAGAUGAAGAAAUAAAAUGUGAUGUAUAGGACUAUUAUUUGAGUGAUAUAUCUGAUUAUGAUGAUUCUCUUUAAUCUUAAGUUGAAGGUAGUUCAAAGUUUUAUGUUCCAUAUGUUACUAUUAGUCCAGGUGGAAAGUUCUUAAUUAUAUGUAUAGAAGUAAGUAUUUUAGGAAAGUAUUAAACAUAAAGAAUAAUAAUAAUUGAUCUUAUUAAUCAAAAUAUUAAGAAAGUAUUUUAUAGAACUCAUUUUAUUGGAUGUUAAAAACCUUAUUUUUCUAAGGAUGGUAAUUUAGGUAUUAUUAAUAUUACAAAAGAUACUGAUAUAUCAAGAUUCCUUUUUUUAAAUCUACAAAAUGGAAUAUAAAAUGAAGAAAUCAUCUAAUUUGAUGAUAUUCAAAUUGACUCUAUGGUAUAUGAUAUUUAAUCUGGAUGCUUAUUUUAUAUAAAUUAAUAAGGUUAAAUUUACUAAGUACCAUUUAAUCUAAAAGAUUUUACUAUUGAUAAAUCAAACAUUUAAAUAUAUGAAGUUAAUUUAUAGAUACCUGAAGACUAUUAUCCUGUUAAAAUUUAACUUGCUAUUCUUGGUGAUCAAUAUGCACUUAUUGCAGAUGAAUUUGGUCAAUUAAUUGUUAUUAAUAUUCGAAACAAAUCCAAAAUUAUUAAGUAAUAUAAUUAUGAAGAAUAUUAUUUUUCAUAAUUUGUAUUUAAUAAAGCUUUUGCUGUUAUUUCUAAUUAUUAUUAGAAUUAAUUUUAAUUAAUUAAUUUAUCUAGUGGCAAAUUAAUAAGAUCAAUCAAACAGGAGAACUAAUUAAAUUCAAUAUAUUAAUAUUCUUCUAAAUAAUCAUAUCUCAUGUCUAUGAUUCCAUAUAAGGUUUAUAAAGAUGAAAAUUUAGAAAUAGAUUCUCCUAGUGAAGAUAAUGAAGAAGAUGUAGAAAAAACUAUAAAAUGGAUUGUUUUUGAUUUUAUUAGAGGAACUCAUAAAGAAGUUAAAAAAGAAAAUCUUACAAAUAAAAUGAUAAAAACUAAGAUAUUUACUCAUGACUUAAUAGUUCAAGUUUAUGAUAAUAAUAUAAUAUAUAAAAAAUAAAUUAAUUGA